UACAGUUAUUGGAAAAGGCAGAUAUCAGGGUCUGGGCAGAAAUCCUGGGAUUUGCUGGUGAGCAAUGGAAGGAAUAUUUCAUGAAGCAUUUUGAUGAUCAGACGGUGGCGGCAGCUGUUUUCAAACACGUGAAGGAGAACGAGAUCCUGUAUACCAUGAGCUACAACCCCUCCUACUGCUGGAUCCUCGCACUUGCACUCGGCCCUUUCUUCACACAAAGAGACAGGGACCCACAGCAAAUUCCCAAGACCAUCAACCAACUGUAUUCCUACUAUAUUUACAGCAUCCUGAAAAACCACAGCCGUGAGAUUGAGAACCCCCGUGAUGUGUUACUCAGGGUUGGUCAGAUGGCCUUCAGAGGAGUGUCCGAGAAGAGAACUGUGUUUACAGAUGGAGAUUUGAACAACUACAAUCUGCAGCCUUCCCAGAUCCUGUCUGGGUUCCUGAUGGAGCUUUUGGGGAGAGAGGAUUCUGCCCAGUGCGUGGUGUACACAUUCCCACACCUCACCAUCCAAGAGUUUGCAGCUGCAGUCGCACAAUUCCUGACUAUACAUCCCGAGGAUAUCCUGAAAUUCCUCACUGAAGUCCACAACACGACAGAUGGGCGAUUCGAGGUAUUUCUCCGUUUUGUUGCUGGUCUCUCCUCCCCAAUGACAGCUCGGGGUCUGGAGGAGUUUCUGGGUCCAUUUCCUCAUGAAACAACCUGCCGGGUGAUGGACUGGGUGAAGGAGGAGGUUAAACGCCAGAGUGGGAACACAUCGAGUGAAGCUGGUAAAAGGAGGCUCCUGAACACAUUUCACUACCUGUUUGAGUCUCAGAAUCGUGAACUGGCUCAGACCGCACUGGGAUCUGUGGAAGAACUUUCAUUCAGUGGAAUGACACUGAUCCCAGUUGACUGCGCGGUCCUGUCUCAUGUUGUCAGACUCUGUGAUACAAUAAAACGUCUCGACCUGUUGUACUGCCACAUUUUGUGUGAAGGAAUCCAGCAGCUGGGACCCUGGCUGCACAAGUUCCAGGUAUUGAGUCUUGGGCGGAAUGACCUGGGAGAUUCAGGAGUGAAACUGGUGUCUGCGGCUCUUGGGAACCCGGAGUGUAAAAUACAGACACUGAAUCUGAACCAUGUCGAACUUACAGAUUCUGGUGCUGAGGAUCUCGCCUCCGCUCUCAGUACAAACCGAUCACUGAUAGAGCUGGACCUGGGAUGGAACCCGCUCACAGACCAGUCUGUCCCCGCUAUCCGCCGGCUCAUACUGACCCACCCGAGUCUGGAGCAGAUCAUAAGCAAUUCGCAAGGGUUCAGAAAUGACCCUGGAUCUGCGGUGAUCUGGGACACGGACCUGAAGUGUGAUUUGAUAAUCAUCAGUUCCGUGAUGCAGAGUGACAUUAACCAGUUGGCGAUUGCUAUCUUCUCCCGAGAUAGACGGAUUUUUUCCGCCAAAAAAAUCCGGAUGGUGCUCCCCGGCAGCGACGGAAAGGAUGACAAGGACCCGGAAAUGGAGAACCGAAUGAAAUCCGUCGUUUUACUAUUCAGUAUAACCGUGAACGCGCCGACGAUUGUCAUACUAUCACGGGGAAAGUGCGGACGCUCUAAAACAGUCACCCGCUAUCUGCUGGCCAUGUCAGCGUCUGACAUAGCGGUCGUUUUCCUGGACGUUAUAUUGAUGAAAAUUCCAAAGGCUUUUCCGGAUGACUUCCCCUUCCUGUUUUACGUCCGCGUGUGUAGAACCCACGUCUUCUUAAUGCAGGCCGCCACAGAUUGCUCUGUUUGGUUCACCGUCGCCUUCACCUUUGAUCGAUUUGAGGCCUUUUGCUUCCAGGAUCUACUCCCUAAUCCAGGCCCAAACGCGUUCCCUCCAGGUAAGCAACAUUUCACCUGUGGAUCUGCUGUGGUCAUCUGUUGUGUCUGGUGCCCUUGGUGCGGCCUUCUCUACAUUGGUGAGACCAGUGAUAAACGGAACCUCAUUUCCUCGAGCACCAUCGCGGCAGCGUGA